UUUUGUUGGUUUGUUGCAGUGUUUGAAAGUUACCACAUAGAUGAUCAGCUCUUCAUGAAGCACACUGUCCACCUACAACAUAAACAUGGAGAUAGGACUCAAACAUGAAGAGGUGUGUCAAGUGUUGAAGACUGAGCAAGAGAAGCAUCCUUCUCCAAGAGGAGCAGUUCAUGCCAGCCAGUGGGACUCUGUGGAGUCCGACACUGAGAGCUUGGCCCAGGAGAGAGCUUACAAACAGCAGCAUGGAGAUGUAGAGGAUGAAGAUGCAAAUGUUGAUGAAAGUCUUCAGGUUUAUGAUAGCCUUGAAGUAGCAGCACAGCCCCAUGCCAAGAAAAACAGACUGUUACAGACUGCAUAUUCGGAUACACAAAUAGAUGAGAGAAAAGGAACAAGCCCGCUCUCUGAUGACGCCUAUUCUGACCUGCGCUAUGAUCCCAACUGGAGGACCAACCUGAAGGGGGCCGGCCGCUUCAAUGACAGUCCGCAGAUUUCCGUUGAGGAAUAUUAUCAAGUCCCUAAAGAGAAAUACAUGGUCAACUCAAGCCCAGCUCUUGUGGUGACCCAUCAUAUGGCUGACAUUGAGUCUAACCUACCGAACCGCCUUCACCCACAAGAUGGUCAGACUAGCUCAGUAACAUCUCCCCCCUGUCACAACAAUGCUUUUCAACUUAGAUUACCCAAUGCUGACUUUUCAAGGUCACCCGGCAUGUUCACUAAAAAUGAAAGUGACAACACUUUACAGAGAGAAUUCAGAGAGAAUCAUGAAAAUAGCUGUUAUAAUGCUGAUGAAAGUAUUAGCAGAUUUCCUGAGCUGACAGAGGAUAUACAUGCUGUGUACAUCCAAAAAUUUAAGCAAGACCUGAGACUCACACAAGGAAGACCCACUCAAACACAGCAAAUAAAUACGGCCACAUUGAAGAGUCCUGAGGUUUUAUUGAACAAAAAGCUAGAAAGACCCAUAGAGGACAUAGUGGAACGCAACAAAAUAACCCUGGGGCGCAACACAUCCAAAUGUGGUUCAUAUGUGAUGGUGCAUGCACUUAAGCAGGAGGUGCCUCAUAAUGUGAAGAAGGAGCAUGAAACUCUUAAGGAGACAGCCAGCACAGAAAGUCAAGAGGACAGUUCAGACCCCAAGCUGAGGUGGCUCCACAGAACACAGCAGCUGAGGGUCACCCAGAUCAGCGAAGGGGAAAAAGCCCAGCGGAAACAAUACUCCCACCGCCCUCAAAAGCAGCCCCCCGCCCCAUGGGUCAGAGCUGAACAGAGAGACUGUCUGAGCUCCCCAUUAGCAAGAACAGCUGCUGAAACUCACCCGAAACCUCUGAAGACGACUUCAUCACAGCCUUUGCCCCCCACCAUCCACCUCAACAUCAACCUCAACACUCCCUCCCAACUACUUCCAUUACUCCAGCAGAAGGGCCAGGAUGCCAUCAUCAACUCAACAUCUCUCCAUGGUUGUCCUCACUGCAGCCCUGUGUCUGAUGCUGCACUUGCAUUGUCUCCUGGAUAUCAACAAACAAAACCAGGAAAUUCCUCCCAGGUUUCUUGGAAAGGAGUAAAUGACCGCAUAAACCUGGAGAGUUCCCCUGAACAAUGGCAAAGGACCUCUGCAUUAAAGUGGCCGGAUGAGGUUCACACUAAGCACUUUCCAAGAAAUGUUCCGAGCAAACCCACCACCACUUCGUCACUGGGCCCGGGCUCUUACACAGUUCUGCCCCCUAUAGGAAAGCCAAUGACAGUAAGAGAGCCUGAGUUAAGCCCUGAUCAGAGUACGAACACAGCCUACCCCAUUCAUAGAAGCAGCUCUGAUGGAUACCUGGUUCAGAUGGAGAAGCAGAAGCAGCUGAGGAUGAGAGUCACUUACAAGGCAUAUAGUCUUAAAGACUACAAGCAGCUGAAGUCUGAUAUAAACCUGCGAGGCCUGGGUCCUGACUACACAGCAGCUGAAAAGACAGGCCAAAAAAUGAAACGACAGAGGCUUUAUUCAAAUGUGAUCCGCGAGCAGAACAAAAAGAUAAGUAGGAUUCCCUUUCUAUCGGCCAAGGACCCGGAAGGCAAUGACAAGAAAGUUCCCAGGAUGAAGGCCUUGGAAUAUGCCAAGACCAUAGCCAAACCCCCUGUACAGCCAAAACAGAGACAGAAACACCAGUCCGAAGGCUUCGCUGAUCAAGCUCCUUACUUGGAGGGCUUGGACGGGUCCCAGGCCACACUGGAAGUCCUUAGAAAACGACAUGAACAAGAAAAGCAGGAUGUGGCUCUCUUCAGAAAAGUUCAUGCGGUCUGAGGCAAGGUGUAAUUCAUGUGAGCAGUCGUGAAACCCAUGCCCAUAUGUCACAUAUAUUUGUACUCCAAGAUGUAGGACACAACGUGCUGUCUCAUAACAUCUGCUAGGCCUAGUGUCACAUCAACAAAUCAUUACUACAUACAUUUUCACACAGUUUUCAACAUCAUUAGCAAAAGAUACAGCUUUUAACAUUGUGUGUCACCAGGUCAGAUUUGAGAGAAAUGUUGAUAGAGGGUGCUGUUCUGUCAGCACCAACAGACACAGAGCUUUCACAAAGUUUCUGGUUAUAGUAGAUGGUGAAAAUAGUGAAAGCCUGGUUCUAAAAACAUGUUUUACCUAUUUUGCAACAGGAAGUUAACAUGGUUUUAGCUGAGGAACACAGGCCACUGAGUUAAGAUAGGAACUAAUAACUAUUUCCUUUAAGGUAACUAUCAAGAUUUUACAAACAAUAAAUAUAUAUAUAAAUAUAUAUAUAUUAAUGUAUGAACUCUACAAUGACACUUAUGGAAAAACAACCUUUACUAUUCACAUUGUUCCCUUUUAUUGAUGUUAUCUUCAAUGUUUUUUUGGUAACAGUUUAUGUCAUGAUGACAUUGUGUCCUGUCUUGUAGAGAUAUUAGGUUGUGAGCACUUUCGCCAAGCAAAGAAAGUACUUUGAUUGCCUCCCUCUCUGUGUGCUUUCAGUGCCUAAGCAUGAUUAUAGCAAGUGGAUAGCUAAUGUUGCACUCCUGCAAAACCCAGCUUUGGCCCUGGACAUUGAUUCCUUGUUUCUCUCAAUGUCUGGCUUCUUGGAAUGGAUUAAACAAAUAUCAAAAAUGUUUCUAGUUUGUCACCCAUAUUCUUACAGUGGUCAGUGUGCGUGCUUGAAUCUUGGCUGGAGCCACAAUAUCCAGAUUUUGGUCAGCCUGAGUGAAACAGUGUUUUUACACUCCCACCAAGACAUUAGAAAAAGUAAAAUUAGUGAAUAUGUAUGUAUCUGAUAUUUUGUGUUAUUGUCUUCACUACUGCCCUGAUGAAAUUAAGUGGCCGUAGUAUGUCACAGUGACACUGAGCAACAAUUAUACAGUCCGCUUCCAGCUAUCCCAGAACA